UAAACAGGACUCUAACAAUGACAAACUCUUCUUCUUCUUCCUUUUUUUAUUUUUCUUAACGCAAAGCAAAUGUUGGGUUAAAUUACGUUAAACGGAAAGAUAGAAAGGCGAGCUCUGAAUUGUGAGGCAAGAAGGAAUGAAAGGAGAAGCUUGCAAAGUUCUUCACAUUCCAAAGUCCAGGAAUAUUCUCCAAGAUACCGUCUCUGUCCAACUGUCACUUCUUUCCCUGCCUGUCUUUUCAAGAUUGUUUUUUAGAAAACACAAGCAUUUGAUUCCACGUUUAUUGACUGACAGUAAAUUAGUGGAGGGAAAGAGGAUUUAUGGUUUAAUAUUUUAUGCACACUUAAGAUUUAUGGCUAUAAUUUCUGUGCUAUUUGGUUGUUAGAGAUAUUAAGCAAGCAUUUUCAAAAGAAUAAAUAUCCUGAUUCCUGCUCUCGGUGACUCUUUCCCUUUCCCGUCCCUUUUAAUUAAUAUUUUUAAGGCAACGCUUUCUCUGGACUGUGAUUUUCUUUUCCUUUUCUUCCUUUCCUCCUUUGCCCCUCCUUCUUCAAUGCUCACCCACCUUCCCCCCCAUCAUACUUACUCUUUUCCCCCUCUUCUUCUAAACCAUCUUUAUAUUUAGAAUUUCGAGACUUACUUUCAAUGCAUACUUAGUUUCAACUGGGGAAUCAACACAAGCAAAAGCCAUUUUUUCCGUGUCUUGACGUCUAGCUUCCUAUUGGCUCACCGCGGGUCAGCUGACUUUGUCAUUUUGUCUGUCCUGGAGUGGAGCCGUCCCUAUAACAAUCUAGUUCAGACUACAAACUGGAGACAGAAAUAAAUAUUAAAGAAAUCAUACAAGCCAGGUACAGGGGGGAAGAUAUGAAUUCCUAUUUCACAAACCCGUCGCUCUCUUGCCACCUCACCAGUGGCCAAGAGGUCCUGCCCAGCGUGCCGCUCAAUUCCACUGCCUAUGACCCUGUAAGGCAUUUUUCAACUUAUGGAGCAGCCGUUGCUCAAAACAGGAUCUAUUCAUCUCCUUUUUAUUCACCGCAAGAUAAUGUUGUGUUUAGCUCCAGUCGGGGACCAUAUGAUUACGGAUCGAAUGCCUUUUAUCAAGAGAAAGACGUGCUCUCUAGCUGCAGGCAAAAUUCUAUGGGACACAAUACACAAACUUCUGUUGCACAGGAUUUUGCAAGUGACCAAAACAGGAGCACGUCCCAGGAACAGAAAGCUAGCAUUCAGAUAUACCCGUGGAUGCAGCGCAUGAACUCCCACAGUGGAGUCGGCUACGGAGCAGAUCGGAGGAGGGGGCGUCAGAUCUACUCGCGCUACCAGACCCUGGAACUGGAGAAGGAGUUCCAUUUUAACCGCUACUUGACGCGGCGGCGGCGGAUUGAGAUCGCCAACGCGCUGUGCCUAACUGAACGCCAGAUCAAGAUCUGGUUCCAAAACAGGAGGAUGAAAUGGAAAAAGGAGAGCAAUCUGAGUUCCACCCUGUCUGGGGGAGGUGGCGCUGGAACAGCUGCCGAGAGCUUGGGUGCAAAGGAAGAGAAAAGAGAAGAGACACAGGAGGAAAAACCGAAGGAAUGAACGGGACGGCUCCGCCAGCAAUUUCCUUCCCCUCCCCACGAGUCUCACCCACGAGCACACCACACAGAAGGUCCUCUUUCUUUCCUCCCGCCACCCAGCUUCUCUUGCCUUCCUUUCCAUUCUCAUUACCGCAGGCACAAUUGCUACAUUGGGUUAAAUUAAAAGAAAAGUGGGGGGGGGGGGGAGAGAGAGAGAAAUCCCCUUCCUCCGCCUUCAGCUUCCAGCGUUCAGGUCCGAGACCCCUGACUCCCAAGUCUCCUUUACUUUCCCCUUUAGAAGCUCCUAUCCCCGUCCUCCUGGCCUCCUUGUCCGGUGACCCAGCUUUGCCUAAAACACACGCGCACACGCACACGCACACACGCACACACAUAGAAACUCCCCUGCCAUUCCUUCUUUGCCCUCCCUAGACAGAACCUCGCUUGCAAAAGGAGAAGGAUUCUGUAGGACUGCCUUUGGGUAGUGCUGGGUUCAGCCAGGUCCAAAUGAACUCUGGGCAGUUUCACUUUCCUAAUAAUAAGGAAGGAGCUGCUGCUGGUGGUGAUGAGGAUCGCGGAAAGGAAGCUGGGUUUAAAAAAGAAAACAUAACACAGAUCACUGGCUCACCUAGCCCCAUGAAAAUAAUUUCCCUCCAUACAUCCAUUUCGAAGCUACAUCCACCUAAAUAUAGCGCUUUCUUUCCAGAGUAAACUCAUUGUAUUGAAAACACUACCUGGGGUCAUGAUGCAUACGACAAACUGUGACAGUUCCUGUGUGAAUAUUUUUAGCUGUAUUUGUGGUCUCUGUAUUUAUAUUUAUGUUUAGCACUGUAAUGGUCAAACAGUAAAGUGAAUGACAUUCUAUAGCGAGUAGGAGAAAAGAAAACCUUGUGUUACGCUUCCUAGCAUCAUGUAUAAAAAAAAAAGAGUCAUGUCCAAAGGACUAUGGUUGAGUAUUUAAUAAAA